AUGCUGCUAUUUCGGCAGCCAGUGCGAUCGCCCGCCGCGCGGCCGCCGCGCCUUCAACUCCCGCCCCAGUCCAUCUGCGCCGCGGCAGAACCUCACGCAUAGGGUUCUUGCGAGCAUGUACCACGAGGGCGGGCGCGUUGACACCGACACCCCAGAGAUGGCGGCUGCUCGUGGCCAGAUUUCGGCCAUUCAGCGCCAGCACCGCGUUCAACGGCGCCACGGCGAGGAACCUUCUCAGACUCCGACAAUGAGUCCUUUACUCCGUCAACAGCAGCCAGAAGCUUCCGACGACAGCUUCGUCUCAUCUGCUCGGGAUGAGGAGUGUGCUGUGGGGGAUGACGAUGACGAUUCACAGGCUCCUUCAUCUUCACAGCUGCCCCGCCUUGGCCGAGUUCCCCGACGCCGCUCCUCUCCCUCCAGGUCAUCGUCGCAGUCUCGUGGCCGCCCACGCGGGCGGCCCCGGCUCUCACGCCCUGGACUGUCUCGUGCUAGCACAAUCGGCCGUCCACCACAUGCCCGCAACCCAGUUGGUCAGCCCUCUCGGCCCUCUCGUGAUUGCGAGACACCUCUACGCGAUUUCGACGAGCCUGGUCCGCACUUCUCGGGCGACGAUCAAGAGUCACCGCUGUCACCAGAAGACGUUGCGAUCAAGAGGGAGUUUGAUGAAGCGCUCGGAGCGGAGGAGAUGAAGCGGUGCCCCCGCUGCAAAGAGCGCUGGUUCGACAUCAAGCUCAUGGCCGAUGGGGUUUGCAAGCGCUGUCACGACAAGGACGAUAAGAAGAAACAGGACGAGCCGUUAUACUUCUCAGCCGCAAAUCACCUCGACUUUGGAUCUGUCCCGGCCGAGUUACCGCAGUUGGAGCCUUUGGAGGAGAUGUUUAUUGCGAGGGUGCAUGUCAGCGUUAACAUCUUCACGGUCCGGGGACAACAGUACAAGUAUCGUGGGCAUGUGGUACACUUUCUGCGAGACGUCGGCAAGGCGUAUUCCGAGCUCCCUCUCCUGCCCAGUGACCUCGACAUCGUUAUCCUCCGUCCCCGCGGCUCCGAGGGUGUGGAGCAGAUGUCUUGCCAAUUCCGCCGCCGUUUCCGUGUCCGCCGGGCCGCAGUCGAGGCCUGGCUCAAGUUUCUUGCAGCCAAUCACCCUGGCUACAGGGAUUUUGUUUGGAACUACGAGAAUCUCUCGCAACUGCCAGAGGACGGCGACGUCUUUGACCAGCUGAGCAUCCACGAGGUCGAAGACCUCGAUGGAUUGCCUGCGGAUUUGGGCCCGGUUGAGGAAGAAGGUGACGAUGCAGAGGCUGCCGACGAGGCUGCCGUGCCGAACCUGCUCAUUCACGACUCGGAGCUGAACCAAAUCCAUGGCCGCAUCAACGAUGGCCCCAGCGAUACUAGCGAGCAGGUGCCUUUGCAGGCGGUUGAUCCCCGUGCCGCUCACCAGCUGCAGAUGCCCUCCUUCCGGCGUACUCCUCUCGACGAGUCAACCAGAAGUACGCCUUGCUCUCGUUGGCCUGUCCCACUCUAUUUCCCCGUGGCGCAGCGGACCUCGUCGAGCCUAGACAGCGCAGCAUCACGUACCAGGAUUACAUCCAGCACGCGUUGAAGUGGGAGGAUGGCCGGUUUGCCAGGCACCACAGCUUCCGCUUUAUCGCACUAAACACGUUGAUGCGGCAACAGGCUAGGGGUCACAGCAAGUUUUUUGUCAGCAAGACCCACAGUAUGCCUCUGACGAAGGAGGCACUCCAGCAGGCGCUCGCCGACCCUGACACCC